AUGAAACGGGCCACUACGAAUUACAAUCUACUUCCGCGUUUCACGCCGGCCAGCGCGUGUUGGUUGGUCGUUCUGGUGUUCCUGGACAUUUCUUUUUCGGUAGUACACCCACAUAUCCGCUGGGGCAAAAAUUCUGCGUCGAAAUGGACGACGCCCGAACUACAGCUAGAAGAAGCGAUCUCACUCGUCGAGACGUUACCAACAAUGAAUGUGGCCGCGUCGAAGAUCGUUGGAACCGAUUACUCCACGCAACGUCGGGUUCUUUGGGGUGCGGGCAGAUUGGAGGAAUUGCUACGGAUAAAGAAACAAGUAUCUGCGUCGGCUUUGAUGGUCAAUGUUGAUCAGCUACAGCCAGCGCAGCAGAGCGCGUUACUCGAGGUCUUUGGCAUACCAGUGUUCGAUCGGUACAACAUCGUGGUUUCCAUUUUCAAACAAUAUGCCAAGACUCAGGAAGCAAACUUGCAAGUUCAACUCGCGGAAAUUCCUUACAUAAGGCAUCGAUUGCAUUAUCUCCUCCACAGCCAUCAAGGUCAUCUAGCCUCGAGAAUGCACGUUAACACUGCACACGAUGGAAAUGGUGAGGACAAAUUCCAGGUGUUGAAAUUGCGGGAACAAUGGCUUCGCAAAAAGUUGAAAGAACUUGACCAAGCAGAUGGACGGGAAAUUGCUAUAGAGACAUCCGCAGGAUCGCUUGUCGCGGUUGUUGGCUAUACGAAUGCUGGAAAGACAAGCAUUGUGAAAAGGUUGACAGGGUCACCAUCUCUAACUCCUUUGGAUCGUCUUUUCGCUACCCUUGACACCACGCGCCAUGCGGCCAGAUUACCGUCUGGGCGAAGAGUGAUUUUAACCGAUACAAUCGGUUUCCUCUCCGACCUCCCGAUGCAUUUACUCGCGGCCUUCGAGGCGACUCUUGGACAUUUGAAGAGGGCGAAUGUCAUCGUUCAUAUGAGAGAUGUAUCGCAUCCAGAUUGGAAGUGUCAGAGCGAAGAGGUGAUCGCAACUCUGAGACGAAUAGGUGUCACCGAAGAACGCAUCCAGCGCAUAAUUCAUAUCGACAAACAAGACAAGGCGUUCCUAAGCGACAUCCCGACUUCGCUUCCGGUUUCUUGCAAAACGGGUGAAGGAGUGGAGCAACUGAUCAAGUGUAUCGAAGAGCAAGUCAUCAAAAAUACUGGAUGCAGGUUGCGACGAAUUGCUCUGAAGUUAGGCUCGCCAGGAAUUCAAUGGCUGUAUAACGAAGGACUGGUCACCGUGCAGCCUACAUCUUCGGAAGACGAAAGAUUGAUCUUUAAUAUCUUCAUGACCGACGAUGAAAUGAUCCGCUUUCAAAAACAUACAGGAUUGAAAAUGCGUAGAAGU